UCCGCGCAGGAAAAGACAGAAGCAGUGCGAGAGAUGUAAUAUGGCGGAGAGCGCCGCCUCAGCGGCUCCGAGCCCGCGAGGGCUUGCGGAUGGGGAGGAUGCGGGUCCCCUGGAGGAGCGGAUGGCGGAAACGGCGAGAGAUGAUCAGGGGCAGUUUGAGUGCCAGGAACCGCUCGAGUGCCAGAUGCACUUGGGGGCCCCUGAGGAGGAGGAGGACGCGGGCCUGGUGGCUGAGGCCGAGGCGGUAGCUGCCGGCUGGAUGCUCGAUUUCCUCUGCCUGUCUCUUUGCCGGGCCUUCCGUGACGGCCGGUCGGACGACUUCCACCGCACCCGCGACAGCGCCGAGGCUAUUAUUCAUGGAUUGUCCAGUCUAACAGCUUAUCAACUGAGAACUAUAUACAUAUGUCAAUUUUUGACAAGAAUUGCAGCUGGAAAAACCCUUGGCUCCAGAUGCGCAGGCUCAGUGGCCAUGGCUCACGGGCCCAGCCGCUCUGCGGCACGUGGGAUCUUCCCGGACUGGGGCACGAACCCGUGUCCCCUGCAUCGGCAGGCGGACUCUCAACCACUGCGCCACCAGGGAAGCCCAUAUUUACAGCAUUUUAUAGAUGCACAGUUUGAAAGUGAUGAACAAAUUACACCCUUGGAAUCAGCCCUGAUGAUUUGGGCGUCAAUUGAAAAGGAACAUGACAAGCUUCAUGAAGAAAUACAGAAUUUAAUUAAAAUUCAGGCUAUAGCUGUUUGCAUGGAAAAUGGAAAUUUUAAGGAAGCAGAAGAAGUCUUUGAAAGAAUAUUUGGUGACCCAAAUUCUUACACGCCUUUAAAAAGGAAAUUGCUUAUGAUAAUCUCUCAGAAAGAUACAUUCCAUUCCAUUUUUCAACACUUCAGCUACAACCGCAUGAUGGAGAAAAUUAAGAGUUAUGUGAAUUAUGUGCUAAAUGAAAAAUCGUCAACCUUUCUAAUGAAGGCAGCAGCAAAAGUAGUGGAAAGUAAAAGAGCAAGAACAGCAGCUUCUCAAGAUAAACCUAAUAGUAAUGAUAUUGAAUUGGAAACGGAAGCUAAUUUGGAUAUAGGAGAAAGUGUUAGUGACAAACAGUCUGCGGUAACUGAAUCCUCAGGGGAUACAGUAUCCUUAUUGAGGUCUCACAAAAAUCUCUUCUUAUCUAAGUUGAAACAUGGAAACCGACAACAAGAUGUUGAUAAGAAAGAGGAAAGAGCGGAAACUCUUCAAAGCCGCACCAUGUGGCAUGCGGGAUCUUAGUUGCCCGACCAGGAAUGGAACCCGUGCCCCCCACAGUGGAAGCACGGAGUCUUAACCACUGGACCGCCACGGAAGUCCCUGUUUCUGUUUAAAGAAACCUUAUUUAAUAUACAUUGUUGAUUCAUUAACAUUGAACCCAGGCCAACAACACUGUAACUCACGCCUGAAUGAAGCUUACCUAACCACAUACUUUUCUCUGUAAGGAACAUCGUACAUAGCCUUCUUGCACUCAAGAACACUAGACAGCACUUCCACAAUACACUUGGGGAAAAUUUUAAACAGCAGAAUUACCCCCAAAACAGCACAAAAAUAUGGCACUAAAUAGACCGUAAAAAGAACAAUUAUUUCUAGCCUGGAAGCUAAAAUAAGAAAGCAGAGCUUCACCUUGUUUAACCUCAGCUGGGAACAUGAACUCAAAUAUUUUGCCACUCUGUGCAUGUCCACCGGUGUCCACAAAAGCACUGCAAGUUUUGAUUUUUGUUACAACUUUUCAGCAGGUAGGUGAAUUUUCAAAUACCAGAAUCCAUGAAUAUAAUGAGGAUUGACUAUGUAUAGACUCUGGCAUUGCAGAUUGCAUUUAGAAUUUAUUCCUCAUUGCAUUUAGAAUUUAUUAUCCUUAUAAAAGGCAUUGCUAGAUUUAAAAAACAAGCAACAAUAACCAAAAAAAAAAAAAUUCUUAAAAGCAGUCUGUAAUUAUUUUCGAUUGUAAUAUAAUUGUAAGUUCCUCCUUGGUAUAUAUUCCUUCAAAAAAAGUUUAUUGAACCCGUACUAUGUUCUAAUGCAACGAUUUUUAAACUUUAUUGAUCCAAAUCUAAAUACUUACUGAUCAGUAUAAAAAUAAUAGAUGUACCAACUUGAUUCCAGGUACAUAGUAUGCCUGAAGUAAAUAUUAAUUGAAUAAAUUUAUUCUUAGCUGAUGGCUGAUGAUAGGGCCACUGUUAGCUAGUAUUUGUAAAUUACAGCUCUAAAACAUUUACAUCUGUAGAUAUUAUCAUCAUCCUCACUUUAAAGAUGGUAAAGUUAAACUCAAAGAAAUAUUUGCUUCAUGUUGGUGGAGUUCCUAGCUGCAAAAUGACUAGGAAUCAUAAUUCUAGAGUAAAAUAAUUUGGGGAUUUUCCUGGACUUUUAAUUUCAUAAUAAAAAGUUCAAAGAAAUGGAAGCAUACACUUUUUUACACUCUAGCUGAUCAGUAAUUGAACCAAUGAAGACCAUAAUCACAUUGUAGAGUGGCUUGACAGUGACUAUGGAUACUGAACCUAGAAGAUCCUGUGAGUUUUAGUACAUUUCUUGACUUUCUGUUAGAUGUUAGUAAUAUAUACAUAUACCUUCCAAAAAAGUCCAAGUUGCUUAAAUGUUACCUAGGUAUCCUCUUUUUCCUAAUAGAGGAUAUUUAUUUCGUUCAUGCUAAACAUUUAAAAAAAAUUUUUUAGACAUCUUUUAAAAACAAUUUUUUUUCAGUUUUGUAAAAUUGCUAUGUACUUUUAAAAAAAAUCAAGUAAUUCAGAAAAAUUGAAAAAAAAAUCACUUAAAUGCUUUCUAUGCAGAAAAGUCUAACCAGCAUUCAGUGAAAUGAUUAAUAUUUGAGUUAAAAGCUUUUUAUCUAUAAACUCAAUCCUCAAAACAAUCUGGAUCAGUACUUUUUUUUUUUUUUAAUCACUCCCAUUUUACAGAUGAGGAAGCUGAGACAAAAAGAGGUUAAGUGUAAAAAGCCCUUGGUCACACAGGUCAUGAACAGAACCAGAGCCAGAAUUUAAAAUCAGACAUUUCUGACUUCAGAGCCCAUGUCCUUAAAUACUGAGAUAGAUAGACUGCCUCAAUGGAAGAAUAGAUAGAAUCAAAGCAAAUAAAAAUUUAUAAAAAUGUGAUGAGGUUACAUAUGUACUUUAAAAUAUAUUUACAUUUAACUUUUUGAAGGUGAAACUGAAGGAUUCAAUGAACUUCACAUAAAUGCUGUUUCAUAAGAAAUAUAUCAGUAAGCCAUAUGAUUCCUCCAAAAUGAAGAAUAAAUAAUAUGAAUUGCUUUGAUAGGUUGGGUCAGUUUGUCUCUAUAACUAAAUUUCAACUUUAGACUACUGAUUGAUUUCAGCUGUAAUGGGUGAAAUUAGCACAAAAAUUUUGGCUAAAUGUAGUAUUCUUUGGAAAUACUUUUCCUUACAACUUUGCAGAUUUUGCUCCAUUAUUUUCUGACUUUAUGAGCGCUGCUGUGGACAAUCUGACAUCAACCUGACAUUUUCCCCCUUUGUAUAUGAGUUGCUUUUUCUUCAUAGUUGCCCAAGUUUUUCUAAUAUGUGCAUUUAAUGCUAUAAAUUUUCCUUUAAUUACUGCCUUAGUUGAAUCCCACAAAUUUUUAUAUGUUAUAUUUUCAUUUUCAUCAAAAUAUAUUUUUUUAUUUCCCUUGAGACUUUUUUCUUUGAUCUUCUGGGCUAUUAAGAAGUUCUUCAUUUGGGCUUCCCUGGUGGCACAGUGGUUAAGAAUCCGCCUGCCAAUGCAGGGGACACAGGUUCGAGCCCUGGUCUGGGGAGAUGCCACAUGCCGCGGAGUAACUAAGCCCGUGCGCCACAACUACUGAGCCUGUGCUUUAGAGCCCACGAGCCACAACUACUGAGCCUGUGCUUUAGAGCCCACGAGCCACAACUACUGAGCCUAGUGCCACAACCACUGAAGCCCGCGCUCCUAGAGCCCGUGCUCUGCAACAAGAGAAGCCACCUAAUGAGAAGCCCGUGCACUGCGACGAAGAGUAGCCCCCUCUCGCCGCAGCUAGAGAAAAGCCCGCGUGCAGCAACAAAGAUGCAACGCAGCCAAAAAUAAAAAUAAAUAAAUAAUUUAUUUUUUAAAAAAAGAAGAAGCAGCUCUGUUUAAUUUCCAAAAAUUUUAGGAUAUUCUAGAUACCUGUCUAUUAAUGAUUUCCAAUUAAUUCGGUUCCGACCUGAGAAUAUGCUUUGAGGAUUUCUUUCUUUUUCUUUUUUAAUUUAAGAUUUGCUUUAUGGCCCAGAAUAUGGUCUGUCUUGGUGACUGUUGAUGUGCAUUUAAGAAGAAUGUGAAUUUUGCUAUUGUUGAGUGGAGUGUUAUAAAAUGUCGAUUAGGUCAAAUUGAUUCAUAGUGCUUCUCAGGUGUUCUGUAUGCAUGCUUAUUUUUUGUCUUCUUGUUCACUAAUUACUGAGAGAGAAGUAUUGAAAUCUCCACCUAUAUAUGAAUUUCUCUUAAUUAUUAAUCUCCAUUAAUUUAUUUUUGCCUUUUUGGUCCUCUAGCACCUGUUAGAACAGUUCCCAAUAUGAAAAUCUCUGUUCAAAAUAACUGGUGUGGUUUCCAUUAACCUCACCAACACAUAUGAUCUGUUCCUGCACUGAUACCAUAUUGUCUCAAUUACUGUAGUUUAGUAAUAACUUAGUGUGUGAUAGGGCAAUUUCCUUCAUCUUUCUGUUAUUCUUUAGGAGUAUCUUGAGUAUUCUUGGUGUUUUGGUCUUCCAUAUUGUCAGGGGGAAGAAAACCACUUUAUAGAAGAUUGCAAGCAGUGAAGCUGCUACCACUCCAUAGGUGCCAAAAGUAGACAACAAGACUUGGGUCAGAACAAGACGGUUUAUUACAGCACAACAGAUAGCAACAGCAUAUGGCAUCAGCGUAGUUGUUCUGGUUCCCCUCGCCAGGUCCCAAAGACAGUGCAGUGGGCCCAGGUAGAUGCUCUGCAGGCAGUAGGUUGUACUGCAAGGAGGAACCUGGGGCCAAGGGCACUUUUUGAGUAAGGAGUAAGCAAAACGUAGCAAAUAAUCCAGUUGCCUUCCCCAGGAGAGAGUUAGUUACAUGGUGGUCAGACCGUGGUUCCCUUGACCUAUUUAGGUUCCUGACUAACUGUAGAAACUGUUUAGUAUCAGGGAAUGAGUAAGCCUUGUUGUACAUUCAGCAAGAACUGAAGGGAUGCUCAGGGCCCAUGAUGGACUAACUCUCCUAAUACAUAAUUUUAGAAUAACCUUGUUAAAUUCUACAAAGAACCCUGUUGAAUUUUUGAUUUAAAAUUACAUUGUAAUAGUAGACAGUUUUCUUUUUUUGUUUUAUUAAAUUAAUUAAUUUUAUUUUUGGCUGUGUUGGGUCUUCGUUGUCGUGCACAGGCUUUCUCUGGUUGCGGCGAGCAGGGGCUACUCUUCGUUGCGGUGCGCAGGCUUCUCACUGCGGUGGCUUCUCUUGUUGCGGAGCGUGGGCUCUAGGUUCACAGGCUUCAGUAGUUGCAGCAUGCAGGCUCAGUAGUUGUGGCUCGUGGGCUCUAGAGUGCAGGCUCAGUAGUUGUGGCACAUGGGCUUAGUUGUUCUGCAGCACCAGGGCUCAAACCCCUGUCACCUGCAUUGGCAGGCGGAUUCUUAACCACUGCGCCACUGGGGAAGUCCUAGUAGACAAUUUUGGAGACAGCUGACACAAUUAUAUUGUCUUCCUCUACAUGAACAAAAAGCAUAUUUCUUUAUUUAGAUUGUCUUACAUAUAUAUAUUCUUAUAACUUGUAUAUGUGCAUGCACACACGCAUAUAUAUAGUAAAGCUUAUAAUUUACUACAUACAGAUCUUGACUGCAUUUGCUGGAUUUACCCCUAAGAAUGUUAAAUAUUUUAUUACUAUUGUAAAUAUUAUCUCUUGACUAUUUUAGUUAAAUAUUUAAACUGUUGCUAAUGUACAGAAACACUGUUGAGUUUUGUUUAUUGAUCUCAUAUGCAACCAUCUUGCUAAACCCUUUUUAAUUCUAUGUGUAUAUUCUUUUAGGUUUUCUAUACAGUUGACCCUUAAACAACAUGGGGAUCGGGGCACCGACUCCUGUGCAGUCAAUGCAUCCUGCUAUCUCUGCCUCAAAAACAAAAGAAUUGAUAAGUGAUUCACCUGAGGGCAGGAAGCUAAAACAGUUAGCAGAAUCAGAACUCAAACCCUAGUUCUUUUGAUUCCACAUAUUGUGAUUGCUAAUCGAACACAAACUCUUCCCCACACUUAAAGAUCUGUAAAAUGAAAAUACAGGUACUAUGUUUAUUGAAAAAAAUUCCGUGUAUAAGUGGGCCCAUAUAAUUCAAACCCAUGUUAUUCAAGGGUCAACUGUACACACAAUUUUCUUUCAAUAAUUACCAUUCUGUUUCUUUUGAGUUGCAUAUACAUUUAUUUCUUGUCUUACUAAACUGUGAAUAAGAGGGAAAGAGGGAAGGGUUUACUUCUUACACUGUGUCAAAUACUCCUUAAACAUUAUAUUAAGAAAUUACAAUUGUAUAAGGUAAAUAUUAUUCCUUUUUUAAACAGAUAAUGAAAAGGCAGGCACUAGGAGGUGAGAUGACGUUUAAAGGCAUAAAAGAAUCAAUAGGGCUUCCCUGCUGGUGCAGUGGUUGAGAGUCCGCCUGCCGAUGCAGGGGACACGGGUUCGUGCCCCGGUCCAGGAAGAUCCCACAUGCUGCGGAGGGGCUGGGCCCGUGAGCCAUGGCCGCUGAGCCUGCGCGCUCCGCGGCGGGAGAGGCCACAACAGUGAGAGGCCCGCAUACCGCAAAAAAAAAAAAAAAAAAAAAAAAGAAGAAGAAGCAAAGCUAGAUACAGACUAUACCUCAUGACCUAUGUUUGAGCAUCCUGUCUUACUUAGAAAUUACCCAGAUAUCCAAAAUUAUACUUACCGUUUAUACUAGAUUUUAAAGUUAACUAAGGAUCUUGGGAAUUAUAUUUAAGCUGACCUAUUACAGAACCUAAUUACUGCUGCUAUCAAAAAGUUUGUCAGAAUUAUACUUCAGUUUAGUUAAACACAUAUUUUUUUUCUUAUUAGUUAUCUAUUUUAUACAUAUUAGUGUAUAUAUGUCAAUCCCUAUCUCCCGAUUCAUCCCAUCACCCCCUGCCCCACUCUCCCCCCUUGGUGUCCCUAUGUUUGUU